AUCGCGCGCGCCGGAAGUGCCUACCUGGGAUAGCGGCGGCCAGCGGACGACUACGUUUACGGGGUCUCCCGACGGGCCAGAGUCGUGGCUUGCAGAAGAGAUGAAAUGUGGUCUGAGGGACGAUAUGAAUAUGAAAGACUUCCAAGAGAACGAGUACCUCCUCGAAGUCACCCCAGUGAUGGCUACCAUAGAGUAGUUAAUAUUGGGCCAAAGAAACCACCACUGCUAGACAGACCUGGUGAAGGAAGCUACAAUAGAUAUUACAGUCAUGUUGAUUACCGAGAAUGUGACGAGGGCCGCAGUUUUUCUCAUGAUCGAAGAAGUGGUCCACCUCACAGAGGAGAUGAAUCUGGUUAUAGAUGGACGAGAGAUGAUCAUUCUGCAAGCCGACAACCUGAAUACAGGGACGUGAGAGAUGGCUUUAGAAGAAAAAGUUUCUACUCUUCCCAUUACGUGAGAGACCGGUCUCCUCAUAAAAGGGACGCUCCUUUUUUCAGAGAAUCACCUGUUGGCCGAAAGGAUUCUCCACACAGCAGAUCUGGCUCCAGUGUCAGUAGUAGAAGCUACUCUCCAGAAAGAAGCAAAACAUACUCUUUCCAUCAAUCUCAACAUAGAAAGUCCGUGCAUCCUGGUGCCUUCUUCUACAAACGGCAGAAUGAAGGAAAGCCAGAAAGAGGUAAAGAGAGACCUGUCCAGUCUUUGAAAACAUCAAGAGACACUUCACCCUCAAGUUCUUCAGCAGUUCCUUCAUCAAAGGUGUUAGACAAACCCAGUAGGCUCAGUGAAAAGGAACUUGUUGAGGCUGCAAGCAAGUGGGCUGCUGAAAAGCUAGAGAAGUCAGAUGAGAGUAACUUGCCUGAAAUUUCCGAGUUUGAGACGGGAUCCACAGCACCGUUGUUCAUUGACCAGCCAGAAGAACCUGAGUCAAAUGCAACAGAUGGCAUAGAAUUAUUUGAAGACAGCCAGCUAACCAGUCGCUCUAAAGCAAUAGCAUCAAAAACCAAAGAGAUCGAAGAGGUUUAUAGACAAGACUGUGAAACUUUCGGAAUGGUGGUGAAAAUGCUGAUUGAAAAAGAUCCUUCAUUAGAAAAGUCUAUACAGUUUGCCUUGAGGCAGAAUUUACAUGAAAUAGGUGAGCGGUGUGUUGAAGAACUCAAGCAUUUCAUUGCAGAGUAUGAUACUUCUACUCAAGAUUUUGGAGAACCUUUUUAGGUUACUUGCUCAGGCAAGAAAAAAGAAAAACAGUUUCUAGAUUUUUCCCCUUGGGAUUGUGUAAAUCCUUAAUAUAUGGAAUUUUUGUGAUGAAGAGAAAUACUUUAUGAUAGUUGACAAUACUUUCAAUAUCAAAUUAACAUCCAAAAUAGUCUGCUUAAAAUAUUUUAAUUAGAAUUGUUUUUCUACAUGUAGAGUAAUUCAUACUCAACUUUUUGCUUUAAUGAUGGGUCAAUUAAUUUUUCAAACUUUGAGAAAAAGAGUCCUGGAGAACAGCUUUCUGUACUUAUUCAUGGUCUGUAGUCUUCCACAGUAUGUUAUCAUUUGGUCACAGGAAUGGGAGAGUACUUGACAAGUUAGAGAUCAUUCCACUUUUUUUUUUUUACAUUAGUAGUCUCUUUGCAUUUAAUAGCAAAUGAUACCAUGUGAAAAUGUUAGAAUUCUGAGUUGUGAUAUUAUUGACUUGUUGCUUGCUUUUUCUUAGCCUUUGUAACUUUUAAUAUGUUAAAGUGUAUUAUCCUAAAAACUGAAUACUUUGGCAUCUUAGGGAAUAUUUGCUUUGAGAAUAAUUCUCAUUCAGUGAUAAAAUAGAGCACUUAAUUCUCUGAAAGUCACCUCAGAAUAAAGUCCUUUUUCCAAGUAAAUGAACUCAAUGUUUUCUAUUAAAAUUAUCCUGAAACUCCUAACUCUCUCAUUAUUGUGUAAGUCUUAAACAAUAUUUUAUAUAAGACUAAUAAAAGGGCAAUUUGAGAUGAUUGGUGAGGGAUAUCUUAAAGUUAAGAUUUCUCAAAAUAAUUUGUGAUCAAAAGAGAAAAAUUUUGAAUUUGUGGGAGUAGUGGGGUUUUAUUUUUUCGUAGGCCCAUACUCUCCAACUCAAGAAAGAAGGUGAUUAUCUGUUGUUACACUAUUUACAGAUUAUUCCUUUGUUAGUUUCUUUGUCUAAUGAGCUUUUUGUUCUGCUACCUUUUUAAGGUUCUCAGCCUUUGAAAAGUAUUCUUGAAAAAAGCAAAGUGAGUAGGCAGUAAGCAAAGCAUAGCUACCCCUUACCAAGCAGUCUAUAUAACAGUCCUUCAUGAGUGAGCUGUCCAAACCAUGGACCAAUUAAAAAUCUAUCUGGGACGAUUAGGAUAGUCCACUUAUUUCCUGGUCACUUCCAACCGCCCAGUGGCAUUGAGCCAAAAUAUACAAUUUUGUGGCACUACUUAGUGAGGAAACCUUAAAAAUCAUGUUUGUUAUUACUACGUAAUUUCAUUAUCCUCCCAUCCUCUUUCCGUUUCUGCUCUCAUUUGGAUUCUGGCAUUAUUUUUAAUGACUUCUACUGAUAAUAUCUAUACCGUAGUACAUAAAAAUAAUAGUAAAAGUAGAAAUAGCAGUAUGUGUAAUUUUAACAGAUCCUUUAACGGUGCCUCAAAAUAUGUACUAUACCAUUCUACAAAUUUAAAAACUAAUUGAGGAUUGCAAUUAUUUUUAAGAAUUUCCUAAAUGAAACCACUUUAAAUUUUUAUUUUUGCCAUUUAGAUGUUAUACUUAGCUAAGUUUUUAAAAUGUAAGCCAAACUAAAUCACAAAUACCAACUCUGGUGAUAUUCUUCCUUAAUGUGAGCAGUGAUUUUCUUACCCACUUUAGACAGGCUAAGAAGGUACUGAUCUUGCUUUUCCUUUUUUCCAUCGAUGUUUUUCUUUAUCUUAAAUAUUCUAGUCCCAGGAUUCUAUUCCUUUAGUCAAGAUGUCACAAGUUUAAAAAUAAAACUUGAGAAACUACCAAAGGCAAAGGAGUUGUUCACUUUGUUGAAAUUCAUUAAAUUAGAGAAAUCUUACUGACAGAUGCAUUUAAAUGUAGGUUCAACAGAUAAUUUCUUCUUCUCCUCUUACCCCAAACUACAUUCAACAUUUAGAGCUGUUUAUAGCUUGCCAUCAGCAUUAUUCUGGCAGGCUUGUCAGUGUUAAAAUCUGUUUGGAUUUUUUUUUUAAGCCUUUUAAAGUCUAAUUUUAGGAUAGAUGAAUUCAGAUGUGAACCAGAGUGUGUAUUUUACAAAAUGUUCUUGAUUAAAGAGAUUUGUUUGUAAAUUAUUUGUUGUUCUUGAGUACGCCCAGUGGAUGUGAUAAAAUUUUCAUUGUCUUACCAUAAAGCCUUGAUGAUCAACAAGGGGAAACACAGAUAUUGUAAAGCUUUUUGUGAAUUUUGAAAGUGCAAAAUAAAGCAACCAUGUUUAAAUAA